AUGCGUCCGGUGCUGUUGCUCCCACUAGCUGCGUGUCUAUCUCAGGCACUGGAAUACAAAGCGUACAACUUCUCUGCCCCAAUCGACCACUUCCACAACGAAACCCGCUACGAGCCCCAUAGCAAUGGCUCGUUCAACCUCCGCUACUGGUUCGACGACAGCCACUACCAGCCUGGAGGACCGGUGUUCGUAAUCGCCGCGGGAGAAACAGACGGUGAAGAUAGAUUCCCAUUUCUAUCGCAGGGAAUCGUCACCCAACUCGCAGAAGCCCACCACGGACUAGGCGUCAUCCUCGAACACCGCUACUACGGAGCAAGCUAUCCAUUCGAAGAUGUCACCCCUGAUACUCUCCGGUUCCUGUCAACAGAGCAGUCUCUCGCCGACUAUGCAUACUUCGCGUCGAAUGUCGUCUUUCCAGGCCUGGAGGACCAAGACCUAACAGCGCCCGCAACCCCAUGGAUCGCCUACGGAGGCUCCUACGCCGGCGCCCAGGUCGCCUUCCUGCGAAAAGUCUACCCAGAGGUGUUCUGGGGCGCUGUAUCCUCGUCCGGCGUGACGGCCGCUAUCAUCGACUACUGGAACUACUACGAGCCCAUCCGCAACUACGGGCCCGCCGACUGCAUCGACACCAUCCAGACCCUGACCGAUCUGAUCGACCGCAUUCUCAUCGACCACCCAGACAAACAUACCCUGCACGCCCAGCUCCAAGCAACAUACGGUGUAUCGCCUCCAAUCAACAACACCGACUUUGUCUCUAUCCUGUCCAGCCCGCUGGGCUCAUUCCAGUCUCGGAAUUGGGACCCGGCUGUGGGCUCAUACGGGUUCCGGGCUUACUGCGAUAACAUCACCUCGACGCACCCUCUCUACCGCCCAAACAACGGCACGGGUCUUCUGCCUCGCCUUGUGGAAGCAUCAGGGUACGAUGCCUCAAACAGGACGCUCCUAGCGGCCCUCCGCAACAACAUCGGCUACAUCAACGGGUCAAGCCCAGAAUCCGAAUCCAGCAGCAGCAGACGCAGAAGCAAAAGAAGCACAUCCUCUACCACGCUCCCAAAAUCCUCCACCACAAGCUGGAACUACCAAGUGUGCACAGAAUGGGGCUACUUCAUGCCGGGCUCGACAGUCCCCUCCUCCAUCCGCCCGCUGAUCUCCCGACUCAUAGAUCUAGAGUACAGCUCCAGCUUCUGCAGUUCCGACUUCGGCAUCGACACGCCACCCGAUGUCCAGCAGGUCAACAAGCACGGGGGAUUCAACUUCUCGUACCCGCGUGUAGCUAUCAUAGGCGGGACGGCGGAUCCCUGGCGUGAUGCGACUCCGCAUGCGGAGGGCCUUCCUGGGAGGAAGUCUACGCGUGAAGAGCCGUUUAUCCUGGUUGAUGUUGAGGCGGGGGAUGUGUGGGAUGGGAUUCGGGGGGCGGUGCAUCAUUGGGAUCAGAAUGGGUUGAGUGGGGAGGAGGUUGAGCAGGGGGCCAGGCCGCCGGUGGUGAUUCAGAGGGUGCAGAGGGAGAUUGUGGAUUUUGUUGGCGGGUGGUUGGAUCAGUGGGAGGCGAAGGAGGAUCUUUAG